UAAUUUUCGCAGGUUAUUGAAGAAAAGGAUAUUAGAUAUUGUAAAACAAAAUAAUAUAAAUUAAGAGUUAACUAAAAUUAUUUGUUGAUUCAAAACUAAGUCAAUAACAAAAAUGGUCAAAACGGCGAUCGUUUCAAUUGUUUUUAUUUUAUAUAUAAUUUAUGAAAUAUCUGCAGAUUGUGGUUACGAGUCAUGCAUACAAAGCGAUUCAAAUAAGUUAAACAUUCAUAUAAUAUCUCACAGUCACGAUGAUGUCGGUUGGCUUAAAACAGUUGACGGUUAUUACGAGGAAGACGUACAGCACAUCAUCACAAAUGUGGUCAAGUCGUUGGACAAGAAUCCUCACCGACGUUUCACUCAAGUGGAGACCUACUAUUUCAACCGAUGGUGGUCCGAACAAAACCAACAAACCCGUGAUUUGGUACAUACUUUAGUGAGUUCGGGUCAGUUGGCAUUUGCUAAUGGAGGCUAUACUGUCAAUGAUGAAGGAUCGGCUCAUUAUAAUGAGAUUAUUGACCAAAUGACAUAUGGUUUGCAAAUAUUGGAUAAAUUGUUUGGCAAAUGUGGCCGUCCUUUGAUUUCAUGGCAAAUCGAUCCUUUCGGCGCUUCCAAAGAAAUGGCUUCACUUUACGCACAAAUGGGUUUUGAUGGACACGUAUUCAAUAGGAAUGUCUUCCCAAAGGGUGAAUUCAUAUGGAAUGCCAGCCCUGACUUGGGAUCAACUUCUGACAUAUUUACAACUGUUCUUCACAACCAUUAUAGCGCUCCCAAUGGCUUUGAUUUUGAAAAUGGCAAUGAUAUAACUUYAGUAAAUAAGAAACAAAAAGCUGAUUCAAUUGUAGCGAUUGCUAAUCAAUGGAACAAAGAUUAUGGUAAUUCAAACCAUGUAUUGAUCACAUUUGGUGAUGACUUUAAAUACAAUAACGCCGAGCAUUACUUCGCAAAUCUGGACAAACUUAUAGAUGCUGUCCAUGAGUUUUAUCCGAAUGUCAAUAUAUUUUACUCAACACCCAUGUGUUACUUGAAAGCAGUCAACCAAUUGAACCGUACAUUUGAAAGCCGACAAAAAGAUUAUUUUCCUCUUUGGUCCGGUUUCUUCUCAAGUCGACCGUCACUCAAAAGACAGGAAAAAUCAAUAAACAGUUUAUUACAAGUAAGCAAACAGUUGGAUGCCAUCACCAGAAUCCCAGAAGUCGAGCCAUUUCUGAAUGAGGGUAGAAAUGAAAUUGGAGUUAUGACACAUCACGACGCCAUCACUGGUACAUCACCACAGUUUACAAUCGAUGAUUACAAUUCAAGACUUUUCAGUGCCAACGAUGCUCUCAGAGAAGUUAUCGAUAGGACGUAUCAACAGUUGUUACCAAAACAAGAGUCCAUUAAAACAAUUCCUAAACAAGUGAUAUGCGAUAGACUUAAUAUAAGUCAAUGUUCUGUAUCAGAGACUGCAAAUGAAUUGACAUUAAUUGUCUACAAUCCCAUCGCAAGACCUGUCUCUCAAUGGUUAAGACUUCCAAUUAAUUCAAAUAAUAGUUAUGAAGUAUAUGACAGCAACGGUACCAAAAUUAAUGACAUACAUGUGGUUCCCAUUUCGCAAAAAGUACAACAAAUACCAGAGAGAACUACUUCUUCCAAAUAUGAGUUAGUUUUUCGCGCAAAUCUCAAUGCUAUGGGAUUUGUGACAUAUUUUGUUAAAAAAUUGGAUAAAUCAUUAGAAAAUUCAAAUAAUUCUCAAUAUUUACAAAAUGCUGAAACAAUUGAAAUGAAAGGAAAGGGAUUCAAACUAAACUUGGAUUCUAAGAAUGGAAAUAUUGAAUCAUUAAAACUAAAUAAUGGCAAAGAGUUACCAUUGAAACAGUCGUUUAAGUUUUAUAAAUCAAAUUCAGRCUCGAGUUAUACUUUCUGCUCUGAAGGCGAUGUUAAUGAUAUCAACAGAGAUAAGGUUCAGUUGGAGUCUGUAUAUAAAAAUGGAUAUCUUCAUGAAGUGACACAAGUCUGGAACAGUUGGGUCUCACAAACAAUCCGCGUCUAUGAAGAUGAAGAAUAUGUCGAACUCGAGUGGAUUGUCGGUCCCAUACCUGUUGACGACAAUAUUGGUAAAGAAGUAAUUACUAGAUUUGAAACUAAUCUCAAUAAUAACAAAGAAUUUUUUACUGAUGCUAAUGGACGACAAAAUAUAAAAAGAGUACGAACUUCGGAACAAACAACUUGUGGAAAAUAUAAGAAUAGUAUUUCCAAUAAUUAUUAUCCCAUUUAUGAAAGGAUUUUUAUGAAAGACAACCAAAAAGAUAUUCAAUUAACAGUUUUGACUGAUAGAGCACAGGGAGGUUCCAGUGAAGAUGACGGUCAGAUUGAACUUAUGGUUCACAGAAGACUUUUAACCGAUACUCGAACCAGUAUUAAUGAGACAGGAGUUGAUGGCAAAGGAAUUAUAGUCAGAGGAAAACAUUAUUUAUUUUUUAGACCAAUUAAUGAAUCCAUAAAACUAUAUCGAGAUUUGAGUCAAAGACUAUUUAUGGAUCCGUUGUUAACAUUUUCGCCACUUAAAGAAUCACAAGAAAGUUAUAAAAAUAAAUAUAAGACAACAUAUUCCGGUCUAAACAAUGAAUUGCCGCCAAACGUCCAUUUGUUGACUUUAGAGAAAUGGUCACAAAAUCAAAUUCUGGUCCGUUUGGAGCACUUUUACCAAAAGGAAGACAACAAUCAAUUAUCAAAUGCCGUAGAGAUUGACUUACAAAACCUAUUUAAAGAUAUUCUUAUCAAAGAUGUUCAAGAAAUGACUUUAAGUGCAAAUCAAUUGCUUUCAGAGUCAAAGCAAAAGAAAUUAAUCUGGAAAUCAAAAACUUCGUCAAAUGAAAUUCAAAGUAAUUUUUACAAUAAUAUUAUUGACAUCAAAAAGAUUGAAUUGAAUCCACAAGAGAUCAGAACUUUCAUCAUAACUAUUGACGAUCACAGCCAUAGAGUCAAUUGUUCCCUACAAUGGGUGCCCAUAUCUGGCAGUAAAAUACCGAGUGAUGCCAUUGUUGGAGGUUUUGAUAUCGACUCUUCACAGCUAUAUAUAUGCCGACAUAAACAAGAAAAUGAUAUAAUUCCGGGAAAAGCUAAUGAAAAACUUGGAUGUAUUAUCACUUUAGGAGGAAAGUCUUAUCAGACAAUGACUAAUUAUGAGGUGUUAGUGGGACAUGACUUCAGUUGGGUGUCAAGACAUGGCGCCGAUGCUGUACCCGAUCAGGCAUUUAUUGCCGGACACAACAGUCAAUCAAUUCCUGUUUAUGUUGGAAAAUGCCAUUUAUUUAUAGGCAAAGUUCAAACACAAGUUAUAGGCAAAGUUGAUCAUAAGUUUUAUUAUGGAUGGGAUGGUACAGAAAAAUCGGACUGUCCUAAUCAUAAAGUUAUGGUUUGCUAAUAUAUAAUAUCAUUUAAAAUAUGGUUUCAAAUUAAUUAUUAUACAGUACUUUAUAUUGUUUUAUAUUAUCUAAAUUUUUAAUAUGUUUUCUAUCAAUACUAUGUAAUGGUAUCAGAAAAUUGUGACUUAAAUCUUGAUAAAUGGGAUAUAUUUGGAAACUAAAGUCAAUUUUUAAAAUCUUAAAUAAAAACUAUUAAAAAUUAAUUAUUUUUUAAUAACAUAUUUAUA